UAUUCCUAUGGAGAAGGGAAGCACACACGCACUACCACUGUGCAUACAUGCUGGGACAUCGUCGUGCACUAUUCUAUUGCUUGAUGACUAAAUCCAUGGAGUUAUUUUCCUCACGCCUCCACAGUCAAACACAUGGGGACUCCCUCACUCAAUCACCUCUCCAGAAAUUACUAAACUCGUGGAUGUUGUAAUUUCUUAUUCGGUCAUCGCAAGAGCCGUCUGCCUCAGUUGACGACAUUCCAUGGUGAAUUUGACUUUCAUUUUCAGCGUUGCUGUGCUCAAUGGAAUUCUUGAUUGAUUCUAUAGACUCUCCUGCCAAGAUUUUGUUUUUUUCCUUGCUUCAAUGUACCAGUCAUGCUCGAGUGUGUAUUAAUACAGGCAAGAGAAACAAGUAUUAUAAACAAUAAAAGCCCUGGAGCUGGAAAGUGACGUCAUUUAGAUUGGGACCGACUUGGAACUGUCAGGGUUUUGUUUUUUGACUCAAUUGAGGCACAAGGUGCAUUUUAGACUCUUGACAGACUUGGUGAUUUCACCAUGCUCAAGAAACUCUCGUGCAAGAAGAGUCCUGAACAUACGGGCACGAUGGCUGAAGAGGGAUUGUGCAACGGCGUCCAGUCCACUGCUUGUUCCAUGAUGCAUCCAGCAUACAUGAGGACGCGAUCCAUCAAUGCGCCGGUCCCGUCGCCAUCCUUCGGUCCGAAGGCCAUGCUCAAGAGGGUUCCGGUCUCACAGAUAAUGCAUGUGACAGAUCCCUCGAGCCAGCGCCUUGUAUGGAAAGCCACGCCCCUCUCGGUACUCAUUAUUAAGAAAAUCUUUGACACAUCUGUCUUAGGACCCUUCAAAGAGAUGACCAAAUGGCUUUCGCAGGAAAAGAACCUUGUGAUCUAUGUAGAAGGCAAAGUGCAAGAAGAUGAAGAUCUUUUAGCCGACAAGGAGUUUUCAUCUCUCAUGAAGAAAUUCAAAACGUUUAAAGAAGGUGACGACCUGAGCGAUAGGAUAGACUUCAUCAUCUGUCUUGGUGGGGAUGGCACCCUCCUGUGGGCGUCUUCAUUGUUCCAGGAAGGGAGUGUUCCUCCCGUCAUGGCAUAUCACCUAGGAUCCCUCGGUUUCCUCACGCCGUUUGAGUUUGAAGAUUUCAAAGAAUCCGUCAAUGUCUUCCUUGAAGGUAAUGCAGCUGUCACGUUAAGAAGUCGACUGAAGUGUCUCAUCUUCGAGAACUCUGAGAUUCCCAAUGGCCUUGAAGAUAGCAACAACAGUGAUUCCCUGAAGCCUGCCAGCAAGAAACCGGAUCCACCUAACCUCAAAUUCAAAUUCCAGGCAAUGAAUGACGUCGUCAUCGACAGAGGGCCUUCUCCGUACCUGUCAAACUUGGAUCUUUUCAUCGAUGGUCGACAUGUAACAACAGUGCAAGGAGAUGGUUUAAUAAUUUCCACUCCUACUGGUAGUACAGCGUAUGCAGCUGCAGCAGGAGCAGCAAUGGUACACCCCAACGUCCCUGCGAUUCUAAUCACCCCCAUCUGCCCACAUACACUGUCCUUCAGGCCUAUUGUAGUACCUGCUGGAGUUGAACUCAAGGUUUCUGUGUCUCCUGAUGCAAGACAUACAGCCUGGGCCUCAUUUGAUGGAAGGAAUAGACAGGAACUCAAGAAAGGAUUCUGCUUGAGGAUCACAACAUCUGUAUACCCUGUGGCAUCAGUAUGCAGUAUAGAUCAGAUCUGUGAUUGGUUUGAUAGUCUGGUAGAGUGUCUCCAUUGGAACGCAAGACAAACACAGAAGUCAUUUAGACAAAAAGACAAGGACAGAACGUCCAACAACAACAAACAAAACGGCAGCGGCUCCAGCAGCCCGGACCUAGAAUCGUAAAAGAUCUGCCAAUCAACAAAUCAUCAAACAACAGAAUAAUGAACGGCGGUGGUUGCAGCUUCUCGUAACUAGAGUCGUAACUGAUCCGCCAAUCGACCUCCAGUUUUCUACUUUUCACUUGACUUUUAAGGACCUACUUUGGCCGUGAGUGUUGGGGAGUAAGUGUACGUCAUGUAAUGGCAGGGUCAGAUCUGCACCAACCAGGAAUAGAAGUAUUUCAAUUCUGUACUUAUUCUUUACCAUAAUGGACCUUCUUUGGUCGUAAGUGGGAGGGAGUAAGUUUGUACCAUGUAAUGGCCACAUCAUAUCUACACCAAGUCCCCAACCAAGGAUAGACAUAUUUCAAAUUUGUAAUUCUUCUUCACCAUGAAGGACCUACUUUGGCCUUGAAGUGAAGCGAACGAAAACCGAGUCCAGAUUGUGAAAAUACAGGUGUAACCUCUCAAGUUUUACUGCUUUAUAUUCUAAGCGUUUUUUAUGAAUGCAAAAUUGCCCAUUGAGACAGUAUACUUUUGCCCUGGCUUGAAUGAAUGGGGUGUAUGCCUAUAAGAUGUAAUUGCAGGUUCACAAUUGCAUGAAACAUACCAGGAGACCACUUUGAAGAAAACCUUUGAAUGUGAAAGAGGUAGAAGGUACAUGUUGGACUUUGUUACGGAAUCAGGUUCAGUGUAGGCUACUGUUUCUGCAAAUGGAUUUCCAGGAAUCUACUUAUGCUCUGUUCAGUAACGAGAUGCAUCUUUUCUCCAUGGUAACAAAUUCAGUGAGCAUUGGCUAAUCCCAAUGGUUGCAUUAAAACUUCAGAGUUGAACAUCGUCAUUGUGGCAGGGGAGUCAACAUAAGGAGUCAAAAGGCAGAAUCAAUCAAGGCAAGCAAAGGUUGACUUGGUGCUAGUUCUCAGAAGACCCAGGGAUUGGCAGAUGGUGUUUUUCUUGAAGCACCCUGUUGUAACUCACCAUGAAGAAUGUCUUUUUCCAGCGAUUGUUCACUAUAUUGUUCAAGAAUGGAAAGUAUCCAGGGACCGUGUGUGGGAAUUUUCAAAGUUUCAACAAGGUUGUGUCACUUCAAUAGCUCAGAAGACCCAGGGGUUUGCAGAUGUCUUUUUUUUUUGGAAGCACCUUGUAACAAGUCACCAUAUAAGAAGUCCUUUUCAGUGAUUGUUGAGAAUGGAAGGUAACAAGUGGAGAAGGAUUUUCGUAGCACUUCAACAAGUUCUUGCCUCUCGUCCAAAAUUAUGUGACUAUCAUACUGACAACACCGAUACCAGACGGAGCUGAUACCAUUAUUUGGAUUUUUUUACCAAUUGGUUAUGUUCAGUGAUUUCAAGUUUGAUGUUAAAAAAAAUGAUCCAAAUCACAUUGGAAGCUCAACACCUAGUGAUUUUUGUCCGAGGACUGUCUUCAAUUUGAGUUUGGUGCUGUGCCGAUGUGAACGCCACCUCGACACCAACACCAAACCCGCAAUUACCCAUUAUGAAUCUAACGGCGUAAUUUAGGGUGCCUUUUCACGGCAAGAAUUUAAAAGAGAGGGAGAAAGGAUAGGAAAAUGGCUGUAGCCUUUCAUUUAUUAUGUGGCAGGGAAACAAAGACUUACACGGGGGCUUGGGGGUGACUUCGCCACCAAAAUGCACAAAAGAGCCCUGGAAAAAAAAUAGCUCUGAAAUUUCAUUUUUCUGCAAUGUUAAAGCCUAUCCAAUAUUGGAGAGUUAGACAGUCAGUUGUCAAAAGCGGCCCCCAAAUUAAAAAAAGUAUAUAUACAUAUAUUUGCCUGUUACCCUGUGACACAAUACAUCAGUGAAAAAGACAAUAUUUAAAUGCCAAAAAUUUAAAUAAGACCUCACGAUAUUACUUACAGUAUGUGUGUGUGAUUGAUCGGUUUAAAUGACAGUGGAAUUUUACAAUUGGUAAAAGUUUUUAGUGUCCAUUUGGAUCACAUUACCAUGGAGAAAAAGUGUGCCAACUUGCUAAAUGAAGAAGUUCACAAUACAUUCCAGAUAUUGUAUGUGAUAGGGUUAUUAUUUUUUUUCUUCUGGACAUCACUAUAAUACCUGAAUUUUGCCCUUUUUACUUUUGUUUGAACAGGAAAGUAAUGUCUUUUCAACCUUCUGGUAAAAUAUUUUUAACCAAGAAUUAUUUGAGUUUCAAUUUUCUUCUGCUCUCCAUUAUUUUCUAAACCCAGUUUUGACACGACAUAUAAAUGUAAAAUGACAUAUAAUGUCAUACAGGUUGUUUCAAUGAUAGUAACAUUUGAGGGAAGUUAUUUUAAUAUUUGCCUCAUAUUUCUUGAAAUAUUUUUGUAGAUUGGAAACUGUAAUGGACUUUGAUGAUAUAAUUAAUGAUUAAUAUUAAGUGAGACUGGGUGCUAGACACAAUCAGUAUGCAAAUGGAUGUAAUCGUUUUCCAAAAUAAAAUACCUGUCUCGUAUUCUGUGACUAUCAGCGCUGUAAUGCACAAUUUUUUUGGAUCAAGUUUGUUCUUUUGUAUGUUUUAAGAUGAAACUCGUGUACUUGUAUUUUAGGUGUGAAAUGUACACUAGCUAAUGGUCAUGUACGGAAGUAAAUGGUGUGGGUAUUUAAUUUUCUUAUUCCUUUUACAAUCUGUCAAGUUAAAGACAUUGCAUUUUACCUUCAUUGUCAAACUGAUUGUUUUUAAUGAUUUUAGGAGGCAAUUUGUUGUGAUGUAUGAAUUUAUCGCACUUGUUCAUAUGUGAAUUUGCAAUAAUGUUUUUUCUUUUCUGAAUUUCUUAUGCACAUUACCUGUGUCAUGUAUUUUCCUUAGGCUGGGAUUCCACUGGGCCGUCCGCAGUUUGCACCAGUUCACGCCAAAUUAAUGCAAAGUGGUGCCAAGUUUCACCCAAAAGGUGCCUGGUGGCGUCCAGUGGCUCAAACUGCCGCGUGGUGGCGCUUAAUCGCCCCAAAAUUUGAAUUUGGCGCAAUUAUUUAAAAAAAAAGGUUGUCAUACAUGUAUAUAAAAAUAAUUAUUUUGAAUUUUGAAAGCAGAUUGGGUAUUUCCUUUUUCUUUUGAUUCUGAUUUUUGAAUCUGUAGGCAAUUCUGUGGCUCU